CGGAACCAGUGAAAGCUGGUGGGAUCGAGCCAGUCAUGGCCUGUCGGCUUUUAGAUCUCCUCGAGGCAAUCUUUCUUUACAAACAAACAAAAAGAGGAUCAUCCACAUCCUAUAAAGAACUGGCUUGAGUGCUAGCUACAGUAGCUAGACCAUGAGCAGCGCUCCCCGUUCUCCCACUCGAUCUCGACCGAGCAGCAGCGCGGCUCAGUCUCGCAAUUCCCGCUCUCCCAACCGAUCGAGACCUGGAUCUUCCACUGCCUCUGCUGCAAACGGUAGUAGUAACAAUAAGAAAGACCCUAUCAGUCGACCAGGGGCCUAUUCUGUCACUCAAACGACGUCAGGUCCAGCACAAGUCCUCCGAGUACAAGUUCCUCAGGGUGUCCGUCCCGGCAGUGAAUUUACAGUACAACAUGCACGUCGAUCCGUGCGAGUUCGGUGUCCCAUUACUUCAGGGCCCGGCAAGACACUCCAAAUCACAGUGCCGCCCGAGCCCAUUACGGAACGCAAACGAUUGAUUGCUGCCAAGCUGACAGCAGCGGAUGGUCCGGGUGGAGGAGGAUGCGAAGAAAUGACUACAGAAGUAGUCAAGAGCAAUGAAAAACGAAUGGAGAAAUACCGAGAAUGGCAAAAACAGCAAGAGAUUUCCGGCAAAAAGGAGCCUCAGACAACUCCCACAGCAGCACCCCCACCCCCACCGCCAUUGCCUAGUAUCAGCGAACAGGAACAGGCUUCCAAAUCACCCAAACGGGAACCCGAAAAACAACUCCAAAAUAGCGCCACCAACAGCAAUGAUCGACCCAAAGCUUUUUUGGUCACUAUUCCUCCCAAUAUUCAUCCUGGAAUGCCAUUUACUAUCGAUGUGCAAGGCAAGCGAUAUGUCAUCCCUUGUCCUCCCGAUGCGGGGCCUGGAAAAAAGGUCAAAAUUGUACCGCCCCGCAGUCGUGCCAAUAGCAGCAGUGCUGGCAAUAACAAUAAUGAUUCUUCCACUUCGGUGGGAAAUCGAUCACGGGCCAACAGCGCUGCUAGUGUCAGCACCAGUAACAGUACCGCUCCCAAUCGGUCUCGCGCCGAUAGCUCGUCGUCGACGGGUGAUUUGGAGGAGUUUUCCGAGUCUUCUGAAACGCCCAUUCAGCAUCAACAACCACAACCCAGCAAACUUCAAAUGUUUGAAGUGCGAGUUCCCGCCGGCGUCGAACCAGGACAACCCUUUGCUCUGCUGGCCAAUGGACAGCGGGUAUUGGUGACUUGUCCACCCAAUGUUCAAGUGGGACAAAAAAUUCGAUUCAAUUUACCCGUCACGGCGCAGAUGGUACAAAACAUUCAACUCCAAUACGAAAAUGAAAAGGGAUCUGCCUCCGGGUGGUGUCGGACAAUUCGGGUCUCGGAUCUCAAGUUUCAAUGGGUUCGUGUUACUAAACAGGCUGGUGCCAGCGAGAACAGCGAUGACGAGAGUCCGUCGACAUUGGAUGAAUCACGUCGCUUGUUGGAUGUCAAUGCCAUGAAUGAUUUCAGUUUCCGCAAAUCCGCCUAUGGUCGUCAUUUGACACUUCUCAAGGGAAAUGACGCUCGUCUUCGAACAGGAAUUCUAUCCUGGGUGCCAGCCAAGGAUGCCACGGUGGAUUCCAAAUUGGUUCUGCAUCAAAAGGUGCUGUUGAGUUAUGCCGAUAUUGCUGCCAUUCAACAAAAACCAUUUGCUGACAAAUUAGUCUGGUUUGAGGAAUCCCUAUCCAAACUAUUGUUGAUCCCUUGGGAGGAAGGACACGUCAAAAUGUAUCUCAGACGAACGUACUUGUUACAAGACAGCGUCGAUGCCAUCAUGGCACUCUCCAGGACACAAUUGCGACAACGGUGGCGAUUGGAAUUCGUCAACGAACCGGCUGUCGAUGCAGGAGGUGUUACGAGGGAAUGGUUUCAAUUGAUUACCGAACAAAUCUUUGAUCCUAAUUUUGGAUUGUGGAUGCCCAGUGCCAACAAUCAGGCAUGUUCCACCAUCAAUCCAACCAGUGAGAUAUCCUGCCCGAGCGACCAUCUCAUCUACUUUCGCUUCCUUGGCCGCAUGAUGGGCCGUGCCUUGUUGGAUCGACAACUGAUUCAUGGGCAUUUGGUGAGGUCGCUCUACAAACACAUUUUGGGGUGGCCCAUCACAUUUGAUGAUUUGGCCGCACAAGACGAGGAAUACUACAAUUCGCUACAGGCUUUAACAGAAAUGGACGAAGAUACAUUGGAAGCCCUCUGCUUGGACUUUACCGUGACAGAGGAACUGUUUGGCGCUCACCAGACGAUUGAUCUGGUACCGAACGGAGCCGACGUUGACGUUACCAAGGAUAAUCUGGUUGAAUAUCUGGAAGCCAAUCUGCGCUAUCACAUGCUUGAACACACGCGCCCUCAACUGACAGAGCUUUUACUGGGCUUCUUUGAUGUGGUGCCGGAAUCAGUUCUAACAGUGUUCGAUUCCCAUGAAUUGGAGCUGAUUCUUUGUGGCCUUCCAACCAUUGACAUGGACGAUUGGGAAGCCAAUACCAAGUACGCAGGUCGGUUCAAAGACUUGGAAGAAAGGCACAAGGUUGUCAAGUGGUUUUGGGAGGUCGUUCGCAACGACUUUGACCAGGAAAUGAAGGCCAGACUGCUGCAGUUUGUUACGGGGACAUCGGGUGUGCCGAGCCGUGGCUUCUCGGUCUUGCAGGGGAAUGAUGGAAACAUCAAGAAGUUUUGUCUUCAGGGGGUCGAGGGCAGUGUCCACAAUUAUCCUCGUGCCCAUACCUGCUUCAACCGUCUGGAUCUUCCUCUUUACCAAGGCAAAGGUGAGCUGCGGUCGAGGCUCAAGACGGCCAUAACAUUGUCUGCCGUGGGCUUUGAUAUGGACUAAGUUAGUUGCCAUAAAGCGGUCGGAUUCAAAAUUUGAUUUGAUUGGGUUCGAUUAGGAUAGAUGACUGUAAUAUAGAGCCGGACUCACACUGACUGUCCGACUGUCCAAAGGGGGUAGAGCCCAGAGUUGUAAAACAGAGCACACUACAACAUCAUCCCAACAUUUUCUUAGGCACGGCCAUCGCCUAACGCAAGGAGUACAGCAGGUGCGAUUGACAUUCAGCCCCCGAGGCUGGGUAGAAAGCUAGCUCCUAAUACCGCAGCUAGUAGAUGCUGUGCUACGGGACGGCUACAAUCCACCGUCUACCGAUCUGUUGUCGCCAGCUGAUCCUGUGUUUGAUGCCGCCUUCGGGCUACGCCGGAGCUAUAUCAUUUUAUUUUUCUCCCGUAGGUUUCCCCGUUCGUGUUGCCAUGGAUAGCACACUGAACUCUUCUCGUCGCUCCUCUCCAUGUUGCUCCUGUAGAUGUGCACUCUCUAGCUAGCUCUUUCAAUAAUUAUUUCAGCUUUGAAAUUUUG